AUGACAGCUAUCGAAAGCCAAAUGACAUAUAACAGCUCCUAUACGAUCCAACAUGAAGAAACGUAUAUGACCCAGGAGGACGACUGGGACAGGGACCUGCUGCUGGAUCCUGCCUGGGAGAAGCAGCAGAGGAAGACCUUCACAGCUUGGUGUAACUCCCACUUGAGGAAAGCUGGAACACAGAUCGAGAACAUUGAGGAGGAUUUCAGGAAUGGCCUCAAACUCAUGCUGCUGCUGGAGGUCAUAUCAGGCGAGAGGCUGCCCAAACCCGACAAAGGAAAGAUGCGUUUCCACAAGAUUGCCAACGUGAAUAAAGCUCUGGACUUUAUCUGUAGCAAGGGGGUCAAACUGGUGUCCAUCGGAGCAGAGGAAAUUGUUGACGGUAAUGUGAAAAUGACCCUGGGUAUGAUCUGGACCAUCAUCCUGCGCUUCGCUAUCCAGGACAUCUCCGUGGAAGAGACCUCUGCUAAAGAAGGUCUGCUGCUCUGGUGCCAGAGGAAGACUGCCCCCUACAGGAAUGUCAAUGUGCAGAACUUCCACAUCAGUUGGAAGGAUGGCCUGGCCCUGUGUGCCCUCAUCCACAGACACAGACCGGACCUCAUUGACUACUCCAAACUGAGAAAGGACGACCCUAUCGGUAACCUGAACACGGCCUUUGAAGUUGCCGAGAAGUAUCUGGACAUCCCCAAGAUGCUGGAUGCUGAAGAUAUUGUGAACACACCCAAACCUGAUGAGAAGGCCAUCAUGACUUACGUGUCGUGCUUCUAUCACGCCUUUGCUGGAGCUGAGCAGGCUGAGACGGCUGCUAACCGCAUCUGCAAGGUGCUGGCUGUCAACCAGGAGAAUGAGAAACUGAUGGAGGAGUACGAGAAGCUGGCCAGCGAGCUGCUGGAGUGGAUCCGUCGCACCAUCCCCUGGCUGGAGAACCGCGUGGCAGAGCAGACCAUGCGUGCAAUGCAGCAGAAACUGGAGGAUUUCCGCGACUACCGCAGAGUCCACAAGCCCCCUCGCGUGCAGGAGAAAUGUCAGCUGGAGAUCAACUUCAACACCCUGCAGACAAAGCUGAGGCUCAGCAACAGGCCUGCUUUCAUGCCCUCUGAGGGCAAGAUGGUGUCGGACAUUGCCAAUGCCUGGAAAGGUCUGGAGCAGGUGGAGAAGGGCUAUGAGGAAUGGCUGCUGACCGAGAUCCGCCGUCUGGAGAGACUGGACCACCUGGCCGAGAAGUUCAAGCAGAAGUGCGCCAUGCAUGAAGCCUGGACUGGAGGAAAGGAAGAUCUUCUGUCUCAGAAAGACUACGAGUCGGCUUCUCUGAUGGAGAUCAGGGCCCUGAUGAGGAAGCACGAGGCUUUUGAAAGCGACCUCGCUGCUCACCAGGACAGAGUGGAGCAGAUCGCUGCCAUCGCUCAGGAGCUAAAUGAGCUGGACUACCAUGAUGCUGCUACAGUGAACGCCCGCUGCCAGGGGAUCUGUGACCAGUGGGACAACCUGGGAACCCUGACCCAGAAGAGGAGGGACGCUCUGGAGCGUGUAGAGAAACUGUGGGAGACCAUCGACCAGCUGUACCUGGAGUUUGCAAAGAGGGCGGCACCCUUCAAUAACUGGAUGGACGGAGCCAUGGAGGACCUGCAGGACAUGUUCAUCGUCCACAGCAUUGAGGAGAUCCAGAGUCUGAUCACAGCUCACGACCAGUUCAAGGCCACUCUGCCCGAGGCCGACAAGGAGCGCAUGGCCACCAUCGGCAUCCAUAACGAGAUCCUGAAGAUUGCCCAGACCUACGGCAUCAAGCUGUCCGGAAUCAACCCGUACACCAACCUGAGCCAGCAGGACAUCAACAACAAGUGGGACACUGUGAAGCACCUUGUACCCCUGAGAGACCAAAUGCUGCAGGAGGAAGUGGCCAGACAGCAGGCCAACGAGAGGCUGAGGCGCCAGUUUGCUGCCCAGGCCAACAUCAUUGGACCCUGGAUUCAAACCAAGAUGGAGGAGAUCAGCCAUGUGUCUGUGGACAUCGCCGGCUCCCUGGAGGAACAGAUGAACAGUCUAAAGCAGUAUGAACAGAACAUUAUCAACUACAAGUCCAACAUCGAUAAGCUGGAGGGAGACCACCAGCUCAGCCAGGAGUCCCUCAUCUUCGACAACAAGCACACCAACUACUCCAUGGAGCACGUCCGUGUGGGCUGGGAGCAGCUGCUCACCACCAUCGCCAGAACCAUCAACGAGGUGGAGAACCAGAUCCUGACCCGCGACGCCAAGGGCAUCAGCCAGGAGCAGCUCAACGAGUUCAGGGCCUCCUUCAACCACUUCGACAGGGUGAGGCAACCCAAACCUAAAGCAUUUUCCUUAUUGUGGACGGUUCUGAGUCUAAACGGAUCAAUUGGUUCGAAUUUGCAGAAGAGAAACGGCAUGAUGGAUCCAGACGACUUCCGUGCCUGCCUCAUCUCCAUGGGUUACGAUCUGGGUGAGGUUGAAUUUGCCCGCAUCAUGACCCUGGUUGACCCCAACAACACUGGCGUGGUGACCUUCCAAGCCUUCAUUGACUUUAUGACCCGUGAGACCGCAGAGACCGACACAGCAGAGCAAGUCAUGGCUUCCUUCAAGAUCCUGGCUUCAGACAAGAACUACAUCACAGUGGACGAGCUGCGCAGGGAGCUACCACCCGAGCAGGCGGAGUACUGCAUCAGCCGCAUGACCAGAUACGUCGGAGCCGACGCUCCCCCCGGCGCCCUGGACUACAUCUCCUUCUCCAGUGCCCUCUACGGAGAGAGCGACUUAUAAACCUAGCCGCUCCUCCUCGCGUUCUCCUCUUCUUCCUCCCCAGCUUCUAUUUCUCCUGUUUGGAGAAAGUGAUUUUAAACCCUUCACCCUACCCUCUAAAUGCUUUGUUCUAAUUAUUUUAUCCCUCUCUGUUAAAUCUGAACUUUUUCCUCCAACAAUCCCCCCCUUCCUCCCCUCACGCCAGGAACACUGCUUAUAGAGGAGGAGAGCAGGAGACUUUGCUUAAAUCUUAGAAACUGUGCUAGGACUGAGCUUUAAGAAGAGUCAGGUAUAGCAGUGAUCGUAUGCAAGCAGCACCUGAAAAAUACCUUCUUUAAAAAAAGCAAAUAUUAUGAGGGUUACAUUUUGAGCAAAGCCUCCUGUUCUCCUCGUCCCGUAUGAUUCUUUUUUUUUUUGUAGAAGGGUAAUUAAAGAAGAAAAUGUGACAAAAAAGCCGGUUGGUCCGUUGGCUUGGUUGGUUGUGUAUUUCUGCAGACGCAUGCUUCUUUUAAAGGUUUAGAAACUCCGCCUUCGUGUCUUCGGCUCUUCCCUAAUCACAGCGAAACCCAAACAGCGCCUGCAGCAGUCAGGGAGGGAAAGCGACACUCAAACAUCUCACUUGUGAAGAAAAAAAACGACUGCCAUCGCACGGCGAAAGCUGAGGCGAAGAUCGACACGUGAACCCGGGGAUCUUAGAUAACUCAGGAACUUCUGAAGGAUGAAUGAGAGCAACCCGACACGUAAGCAGACGGAGAAGCUAAGCAGACAAAGAUGGUCGUGGCUCGAUGGCGAUUUAGGAGAGCUAAAAAAUAAUAAAUUACAAAAGAAAGAAAGAAACAGGUACAGGAGCAGAAAGACUGACACACCUCUGUCCUUUCUGUUAAAGGAAGACUGAGAAGAUGUCAGCAGUGAGAGACACAUCAGAGUGUCAGGAAAGUUGUAAACAGAGUAAGAAUCGAUGCUGUGCAUGUGGGACCGCAGCAGGCCUGUCAGUGAGGAGAAACUAAAGGUUUUUGGUCUCAUUUUCACAAUGAAACAUCAGCCGGAACGACACCGACAAACAGUGCAAGUCCACUCCUCUGUGCAUGUGGGAGGCAUUUUAUCUCACCUGUUCUCCAUUCACCUCCUCAGCCCCUCUCAUUCUCAGUUUAUUCUGUCCAUCAUUACUGAUACUUAAAAAAAAAAAACAACCUCCUCACAUUCAAACAGCUACAUUAAAAAAAAAGCUGGAAUAAAAAAGGAUAAUGAUGUUAUUAAA